AGUGAAAGCGCCCAAACGACCACGGAACCAGCGGCCCACCAAACUCCGGCGCCCACGGCCCACAUCGCCACCUCGGAACCCUAGCCGCUUCGCCCGCCCAUGGAGAUCGCCGGAGAUCGGCGCCAAUAGCGAGACGCAAGGGAAGACCCAAGCAGUGGGCGGGCUGCUGUUACCUUGUGAAUCGCCUCGCCUGAGGCGCGUGGCGCGGAGAGGAGGAGGAGAGGGGAGGAAGAGAGGCGGGCGGGCGCGAUGUCGGUGCGGAUCAAGGCGGUGGUGGACCGGUUCGUGAAGGAGCUGCAGGAGGCGCUGGACGCGGACAUCCAGGACCGCAUCAUGAAGGAGCGCGAGAUGCAGAGCUACAUCGAGGAGCGCGAGCGCGAGGUCGCCGAGAGGGAGGCCGCCUGGAAGGCCGAGCUUUCCCGCCGCGAGGCUGAGAUUGCGCGGCAAGAGGCCAGGCUGAAGAUAGAAAAGGAGAACCUGGAGAAGGAAAAGAGCGUCCUCAUGGGAACUGCCUCCAGCCAAGACAACCAAGAUGGAGCCCUUGAAAUCACCGUCAGUGGCGAGAAGUACAGGUGCCUUCGUUUCUCCAAGGCAAAGAAAUGAGAGAUGAACUGGCAACAAGGAGCUGCUAAGCUUGUGUACUCAACAGUUAGUGCUGGUCUGCUGGACUUAAGAUCGACUUACUCCGAUUCAAAUUGUUUUUUUUUCUUUUUCGUGUACAGGAAACCCUGAAAUUGCUUAAAUGGGCUGUCUGUCUGUCUUAUUCAUUAAAAAUGGGCAACUAGACCAGCUGCAAUGGGAGUUAGUGAUGAUGGAAGAUUGCUGUCA